AUGCUCCGUUGUUCUGCCCGUGGGAUUGUUGCCAGAGCCAGACCCGUUGCUGCGACGCUUGCUGCUCGUGUUGUGCCCAGAGUGCCCGUGAGGGCUGCCUCCCAGUUGGCUCAGUUUAAGGUUCCUCCGAUCACCAACGAGCCUGUCAAGGACUUUGCCUAUGACCACCAGAAAGAUUGGGAUCUUUUGCGUGCUUCCCUCACGAAGUUUGCUGACGGCCCAAUCGACAUUCCGGUGAUUGUCGGUGGCAAGAGAAUCUACGACAGGCCCACGUUCUCGCAGGUGAACCCAGCUAAGCACAGCCAGGUAUUGGCCAAUGUGAGUAGCGCCAGUGCUGAAGACGUUCAGGAGGCCAUCAAGGCUUCAAAAGCGGCGAAGGAGGCCUGGGCCCGUAUGCCAUGGUCCGACAGAGCUGGCGUGUUCUUGAAGGCUGCUGACCUCAUCUCCACGAAGUACAGAUACGACAUGUUGGCAGCCACGAUGCUUGGACAGGGCAAGAACGUGUUCCAGGCUGAAAUUGACUGUGUUGCUGAGCUCAUUGACUUCUUCAAGUUCAACGUGAAGUACGCCGAAGAGAUGUACAGGGCCCAGCCUUGUGAGACUGCCCCUGGUGUGUGGAACAGAGCUGAGUACAGACCUUUGGAGGGUUUCGUGUAUGCUGUCACUCCUUUUAACUUCACAGCUAUCGCUGGUAAUCUUGUGGGUGCUCCAGCGUUGAUGGGUAACACUGUUGUGUGGAAGCCUUCCAACUCGGCCGUCUUGUCGAACUACCUUCUCUUGACAAUCUUGGAAGAGGCAGGCUUGCCAAAGGGCGUCAUCAACUUUGUUCCUGGUGAACCUGUUGAAAUCUCCCAGCAACUCAUCAACCACCCAGACUUCUCUGCUUUGCACUUUACUGGUUCCACCCAGGUGUUCAAGAAACUCUAUGGUCAGAUCGGUGCUAACUUGUCCAAGGACCUUUACAGAGAGUACCCACGUGUCGUGGGUGAGACUGGUGGUAAGAACUUCCACUUGAUCCACCCAUCGGCAUCUCUUGACCAUGCUGUCUUGUCUACCUUAAGAGGUGCUUUUGAGUUUCAGGGCCAGAAGUGUUCUGCUAACUCAAGACUCUACGUGGCUGAAUCUGUUUGGGAGGAGUUUUCGUCCAAGUUGAAGUCUGCCAUGGAAACUAUCACCAUUGGUUCCACGACGGACACUGCCUCUUUGCACAACUUCAUGGGUCCUGUGAUCCAUGAGCAAUCCUUCAACAAGUUGCAAGGUGUUCUCGAGCAGGCCAAGAAGGACCCAGAGUUGACCAUCAUCCAGGGUGGUGAAACCGACAAACAAGCUGGAUUCUUCGUUCAGCCAACUUUCAUCCAGACCACCAACCCAGAACACGAGUUCUUAAAGAGAGAGUUCUUCGGCCCAAUUGUCACUGCCUACGUCUACAAGGACGCUGACUAUGAGAAGAUCAUGGAGAAGAUCGACGGCGUUACUCAGUACGGUUUGACUGGUGCCGUGUUUGCUAGAGACAGGGAGGCCAUCAGGCUCGCUGAGGAGAAGUUGCGCUACUCUGCCGGUAACUUCUAUAUUAACGACAAAUGUACUGGUGCUGUUGUUGCCCAGCAAUGGUUCGGUGGUGGCAGAAUGUCUGGUACUAAUGACAAGGCCGGUUCUGGUAACAUCUUAGGCAGAUUUGUCUCUGUGAGAAACAUUAAAGAGAACUUUUACGAGUUGAAGGAUUACAAGUACCCCUCCAACAUCAACUAA